ACAACAAGGACCAGUCCACAGGAAGCACUUGUUCCCGGAUGUGGCAGUACCCACGUUUUGUGGCCAAGAGACGGGGCAACAAGGUGGAAAUAGAGUGCUACGGGGAGGACUUGAUCAAGGUGAACUGGUUCUGGAGGCAGAAUAUGGACUCGAAGCCCAAGCUGCUGUACCCGGAAGAGGGCCACAUCGAAAUGAGCAAGAACAACACCAUCUUCAUCCUCACCAUCCAAGGCAUCCAACAUCAGGACAACGGCAUCUACUUCUGCCAGCGGAAUUGCUCGAAGGGGCCCCCUGAGUGGGGCUGUGGCACCGAGCUACGAGUCAUGGGGCACAGCACCUUGGCACAGUUAAAGCGGCGGAACACACUGAAGGAUGGCAUCAUCAUGAUCCAGACCCUGCUCAUCAUCCUCUUCAUCAUUGUGCCCAUCUUCCUGCUGCUGGACAAGGAUGACAGCAAGGCUAGGAUGGAGGAAGAUCAUACAUAUGAGGGCCUGGACAUUGACCAGACGGCCACCUACGAGGACAUAGUGACUCUGCGGACAGGGGAGGUGAAGUGGUCGGUGGGUGAACACCCAGGCCAGGAGUGAGGGGCUGGCCAUCCCCACGCCCCUGGGCACAGCCUGCUGGGCCCCCAUGGACUGCUUCAGAGCCGCCUGGCUCCCAGCGCAUCCCCUUUUCCCUGGACCCCCUGUCAGCCUCCAAAGCUGGCCCGCCAGACCCGCCUGCCACUCCAGCCCCUGGUCCCCAGCUCUGGCCAAAGGGACUGGAGUAGAAGGGCCACAGGGCAGUGAUUUGGAGCAGGGAGUUCUCUGGGGAUAGACUGGACCCAGCCUUCUAGGGGUGCUAUGCAGAAAUCCAUUCCACGUUCAGGACGGGGCAGGUAGAGACUUGUCUGGAAACUGCAAGUGGACUCAGAGCAGACUCACUUCCUGUAGAGCCCGGGAAGAGCCACGGCCCAGCCCCACUUGGCCACAGAUGAGCCGUUGAGAGCUUCAUCCCUCUCCCACUCUUUCCUACCCUCUUCCACUCUCCCCUACCCUCUCCCACCCUCUCCCACCCCAGGGGGCUGCUAGCCUUGAGCCCGUUCUCCUAUGGAAUAAACAACGUGUCUUGAGAA